AUGAUGAAGCUCCCUACCCAGUUGGCUGAGGUCGCCGGUGUUCAGCACGCGCUGUAUGCGGACGACAUCACCAUCUGGGCAACACAAGGAUCGGUUGGAGAGAUCGAGACCAACCUGCAACAAGCGGCAGCUAUUGUGGACGAAUACGCUCGUCGCUGUGGUCUUGAGUGCUCCCCGAGCAAAUCGGAAUUCGUGCACCUUCGCCCCAACUCGAAGUGCACAACCAAAAUUGCCCUCUCUCUACUUAGCGGACCGAUACCCGAACGCGAGGAAAUCCGCGUGUUGGGGCUUUUCAUUCAUCAAAGGCGCAAAAUUGACACUACCCUACACAAGAUACGAAUGGUGGGUGACCAGGUGGGCCGUAUGGUUCGUCGGGUAUCCAAUAAAAGGGGGGGACUACGAUGCAAAGAUGCCCUGCGGCUGGCUAAUGCGUUCGUCACCAGCCGAAUUUUAUAUUCGGCUCCCUACCUCCACCUCCGCAAAUGCGAUGAGAAUGCCUUGGAUGUAGUUCUCCGCAAGGUUUACAAGAGAGCACUCGAUCUCCCCAUAACGACGUCCAACCAGCGUCUCCUCGGUUGGGGAUGA